AUGGCGGAGGCAGGGUUGGGUAAGGUGGAACAGGACACAGAGCUGGACACCCUGCCGUCAGACACGGUCUCCCUUAGCGACUCGGACUCCGACCUCAGCUUCCCUGGCAGUGCGGAAGUAGAAGCCCUGUCCCCAGAGGAGCUGCGUGGUGAGGCUGACGCCACCGAUUCAGACCCCGAUGAGCCCCCCUCGCCCCAGGCACACAAGCCCCGAGCUGCUGUCCAACCUUUCCACCUGCCGGGCAUGAGCCCUACCUUCUCCCAGCGCAGCCGGGACAUCUUUGACUGCCUGGAGGGGGUGGCUCACACCGGCACAGGAGAUGGUGAGGGCUUCAAGCGGCCCCUGGCACCUCCAGACCAAGCUCCAGGGGAGGGCCGAGCUAGGACUGGGCGAAGUACUGCCCCUCCGAGGGGCCCCUCCGUCCCGGACUAUGUGAGCCACCCCGAGCGCUGGAUCAAAUACAGCCUAGAGAAUGUGACUGAGUGCAGCGAACAAAGCAACCGGGCUGCGGCUCUGGCCUUCCUGGACUCCCGGAGUGUCCCCGCCCCCCCAGAACACGCCCCCUCCUUCAACCAGGACCCCUCCAGCCGCGGGCAGGGCAGGAUCCUUUUCAGCAAACCGGCCAGGCCUGAGAGGAGCCGGGGCCUCCGGAGGCCAGGGGAGGCUGAGGACACGGUGAAGCUGGCCCACCUGGCCACAAGCCCAGAGACUGAAGAGAGUGGCCCCCGGGGGAGCCUGCAGGAGGUGGCGAAGGCUGAGGCGGACCCCGCUGGGCCAGCAUCAGGCCCUGGGGCACCUGCGCAGAUGGAGACUGUUGGUUUCCAUGGCAGCAGGAAGCGGAGCAGGGAGCACUUCCGGAGUAAAGGCAGCAGCCCUGAGGGACCCGGAGCCGAGCCCUGA